AAGCUUCUGUUGUGGAUUACAGAGACUGAGAGAAGGGUCGAGGAAAUGACGUGACAAGCCGCGCGAUCGUCACAAACACGAGAUUUACCACGUGCAUGCCUUUGUCGGCGUCACAACUGUUUUUGCUUCCGUGCUCGUUCUUUCUCCUCAAAUGAUUUCAGCGUACGAGGCACAGCGCAAUGCUAACAUUGAAAGGAAUCGAGAGCUUCUGAAAUCUCUGGGACUGGAUACGCCGAUAUUUGAGCCAACAGAAACGAAACGAAAGCCCAAAACCGCGCCGAAAAAACGCAAGGCUCCUCCGCCAGCUAGCGAUGAUGAGAAUCCCAACAAAGCCGCUAGAGUUGAAGAUAAAACCGACGUGUCUUCAUCUGAGACUGGCGUCCGUCGCAGUGCACGUAACAGAGGCAAAGCGGUGGACUACAAAUCCGAGAAAACGGGAGAAAGUCCCAUGCCGAUUGCGUUUCGUGCUGGUGUUAGGACUUCGGGUAAUGAAGGGCCUCUAGGUAGUGGAGAGGGUGCGCGGCGAAAACACGAUCCAAAGGUCUAUGGGUCUAUCCCAGGAGUUGAAGUCGGGACGUGGUGGGAGACGAGACAGGCUUGUAGCAUUGAUGCUAUUCACGCGCCUUGGGUUGGCGGUAUAUCUGCAUCUAAGGACGGCGCCUAUAGCGUUGCUCUCAGUGGUGGAUAUGACGAUGAUGUGGACCUUGGUUACGCGUUCACUUACACCGGCUCUGGCGGGAGGGAUCUCAAGGGGACUGCAGCACAGCCCAAAAAUCUUCGAACUGCAGCACAAAGUUCAGAUCAGAGUUUCGAGAACACUUUCAAUAAAGCGCUCAAGCGUUCCUCCGAAACCAAAAAACCCAUCCGAGUCAUUCGCGGAUACAAACUGCGAUCACCUUAUGCACCGAGUGAAGGAUAUCGUUACGACGGCCUUUAUCAUGUGGAAAAGGCGUGGAUCGAAAAGGGCCUUAACGCGGGUGGUUACCUUGUCUGUAAAUUCGCAUUCAAGCGUUUGCCCGGUCAACCACCUUUACCCCGUCGUGAUACAUCCGAGGAUUCUGUCGAAGUCCACGAUAAACGGGAAGAUGGUGCUGAAGAGACUUUGUCCCCCGAAGGAGAGGAGGAAGACUGAAAUAUGCCCCCCAAAAGGAACUAAUUUGUCAUAGGAUCUAUCGAUAUGUUGUCUUGCUUUCUUGCUAAUGCUAUUCUGAUUCGUUUAUCUCAC